GCAGUUGAAUUCCUCUCCAAGGCUCUGGACAGCCCUGACAUCAAAGCUGUGGAUGAAGCAGUGAUCUUACUGCAGGAGAUUGGUGUGCUGGACCAGCGAGAAGCCCUCACCACUUUGGGCAAACGCCUUGCUCAGAUCUCCACGGAUCCUCGACUGGCAAAGGCCAUCGUCUUGGCAUCCAUCUACCGUUGCCUCCACCCUCUGCUCGUCAUCGUUUCCUGCCUCACCCGGGACCCCUUCAGCAGCAGCCUGCAAAACCGUGCAGAGGUGGACAAGGCCAAGGCUGUUCUGAGCCGGGAGAGUGGGAGCGAUCACCUCGCGUUUGUCAGAGCUGUGGCAGGCUGGGAGGAGGUGCUGAGACGCAGAGACAGUCGUGCCAGGGAUAACUACCUGCAGGACUAUUACCUGUACGGCCCCAGCCUUCGCUUCAUAAAUGGCCUUGUCAAGCAGUUCUCCGAGAACCUCUACGAAGCCUUCCUGGUGUCGUCCCCAUCUGACUGUACCAUGCCCUCAUCCGUAUGUAACCAGUACAGUGAAGAGGAGGAACUCGUCAAGGGAGUCCUCAUGGCUGGGCUCUACCCCAACCUCAUCCAGGUGAGACAAGGCAAAGUGACGCGUCAGGGGAAGUUCAAACCCAACAGCUACGCGUAUCGGACAAAGGCUGGCACCGUUCUGCUCCACAAGUCAACGAUCAACAGGGAGGCAUCCAAGCUGUACAGCCGCUGGCUAACGUACUUCAUGGCGGUGAAGUCCAAUGGUGGGGUGUUCGUGCGGGACUCCUCGCAGGUCCACCCGCUGGCCGUGCUGCUCAUGACCGAUACAGAUAUCCAUGUCCGAGAUGAUGGCUGGCGAGCGACGGUCUCCCUGACAGACAGUGAUCUCCUGGUGCUGGAGGGAGACUCCUACACCAUCCGCCUCCUGCGUGAUUUCCGUGUGUCGCUCUCCAAGAUGGUGGAGACGUGCCUGUGCUAUGAGAUGGCAGCCAUCCCCGGGGACCUGCACCACCAGCACAGCCAGCUGCUCGACAUCCUGGUGGAUCUGCUCAAAGGCCCUCCUGGCAGCUUUGGCGCUUAGGCAGAGCUGGAGGAUUGUGUGGGGACUUGUAAUUUGUAUAAAGAUGUUCACAAAUGUUUAUUUAAAUAAAGUUCUAUUUAUCCCUUGUGAAGUCAUCUCUCUCCAUCCUAGAAGAUUAAUGUUGUCUGAAUCUCCUGCUGUCGGCUCCGUGCAUGGUCACCGCGUAGGAAGAACCAGCGCAGCACCGCCUGGAACGGACUGGGAGUGCCGAUGGACCCUGACGCGAGCUUCGUGGACACCCAC